UUACGGAUACAAAGCAAACCAAACAUUUAUACAAGGUCAAACAAAUUGAAGAUAUUACCGAAAGAUUAUAUUUGAAUGAGCUAAUAAUACAUCGCACGCUUUAAAAUAUAGUGACAGAGGUAUCGUGUUGUGCACUAGACGUCAAAAUGGCAAAGUGGUUACUUGAUAGAAAACUUAUCUUUCGAAUACAACUUCAGCGCACGUAUUCGUCGCAGCCAAAGCCUUAUGAAUCUAUACCAGGAUUAUCUUCUAUACCUAUAUUGGGGUCCUUGCACCACUUUUUGCCGGUGAUCGGAACUGUGGGAUUACAAAAAAAUUUUUUCAACAUGGUAGGGAUUUUGUAUGAAAAAUAUGGGCCUAUAGUAAAGAUGGAAGGUAUAUUGGCUAGAGCCAAUAUGGUUAUUCUAUAUGAACCAGAACAUUUUGAUCAGGUUUACAGAGCGGAAGAUAGUAAUCCACUGCGACCAGGUUUUGAAACACUGGUGCACUAUAGGACAGUUUUAAGGAAAUCUACCUUCAAUGGUGUCUACGGAUUGACCACAGCACAAGAUGAGGACUGGCGUCACUUCCGGACUAAAGUUAAUCCUGCAUUGCUGAAGCCAAAACUUGUAAAAUUAUAUGAACCGUCUCUUGAAGAAAUAGCGAAGGAAUUGGUAGACAGGUUGAUAAUACUAAAAGAUAAAGAAGAUUACUUGGAAAACAAUAUGGAUUUAGAAAUGACUAAAUGGGCAUUAGAGUCGGUGGCAUUGGUGGGUUUAGGAAAUCGCAUUGGCUGUAUGGAAGACAAUUUAAAAGAAGACCAUCCUGGAAGGCAGCUCAUUCAAUGUUCUAGAGACAUGAUUGCGCUGGCGUAUAAAUUGGAAUUUUUACCAAGUCUUUGGCAAAAAUAUUCGACCAAGAAUUUCAAGAGAUUGGUCAAGACUAUGGAUUUGCAAUGGGAUGUUAGUAAAAUCUACAUCGAUCAAGCUAAGAAACAAAUAAAUGAGCGAGGUCAUGAUAUUGCAGAAGAAGACAAGAGUAUCCUGGAAAAACUUUUAGCAAUUGAUGAAACAGUGGCUCUUAUGAUGGCAAAUGAGAUGCUAAUGGCUGGGAUAGAUACGGUGGCUUUCAGUACAACAGCAGUGCUCUAUCAAUUAGCGACACACCCUGAAGCUCAGAAAAAAGCACGAGAGGAAGCAAGGUCAGGGGCCUCACAGAAGCGAUAUAUUAGAGCAUGUAUGAAAGAAUCCCUCAGAAUAUGGGCAGUAGUUCCAGCUAACUUAAGAAGAACAGGAAAGGACCAUGUUGUCGCUGGCUACCAUAUUCCUAAAGGGAUUGAGGUCAUAGCUCCAAAUGAGUUUAUAUCUAAAUUAGACAAACAUUAUCCAAGAGCAAAAGAGUUUAUACCAGAGAGAUGGUUGGUAGAUAAGAGCAAUCCUCUAUAUUAUGGGAAUACCCAUCCUAUGGUUACUUUACCAUUUGGAUUCGGCAUUAGAUCUUGCAUUGGGCGUAGAAUUGCAGAACUGGAAAUUGAAAUAUUCUUGAGAAAAUUCUUAGACAAAGUGGAAGUCAGCUGGGAAGGACCACCAAUUGAAGUUGAGACCAAAAUAAUGAACUCAUUUGUGAAACCAUACAGAUUUAAAUUCAAACCACUGUAAUGAAAAUGUAAAUAUAAUAUAUAUUGUUUUAGAAAUAAAUCCCACUGGCAUAUUUAAUGUGAAAGUUUAUAAAUAUACUUGAAUGUUACAUAUGCAGAUGCGAUAACAGUAAUUAUUAUUGUAAUAAAUAUAUGAACACAGAAGUAUUUGAGUGUGUUUGUGUCACAAACAGUCUAACACUUUUACAAAUUUGACAUUUACAUACAAUUUUCAACUGAUUUAUGUUUAAAAUCGAUGAACUUAUUCAUAGGAAUAUGUUCUGUUAUUUAAAAUAUAUAUUUAUAAAUAUAAAAGAAAUGUUAUUAAUAUAUUUUUUAUUUUUAUAUAAGUAAUAAUAAUAUUGUCUAAGGACAAA